UUACUGUAUAUUUCUAUUUAUACAACCCCUCUUCCCUCAACUUUUACUGUCCUCGUAUACUUAUAUAUAUAUACACACAUACACACCUCGUAUCUAAGCAAUAAGAAGGGUUUUGAGAGAGAGAAUAAUUAAAGGCCUUUGCCUUCAACUUUGUUGUCCAAGAUAUUGCAAUUAGUUUGCUUCAUCUAUCCACUUCCUUAAUUUUCUUUCCUUCUUUCACCCUCCUUGUUUGAGUAAAGAAGCUUGAGAUCAGACAUGUCGAGCUGCAGUAUCGAUGUUGCUCCCGAGCAAAUUUGCUACAUCCCCUGCAACGUUUGCAAUUUUGUUCUCGCGGUGAGUGUUCCAUGCAGCAGCCUGUUUGACAUUGUGACCGUUCGAUGCGGACACUGCACCAAUCUAUGGUCCGUGAACAUGGCUGCCGCGUUUCAGUCACUGUCAACUUGGCAAGAUGUUCAGGGACCUGGACUCUUGAAUCCAGAGUACAAGAUUGACACUGGCUCCACGUCCAAAUACAACAACAGGAUUGCAAUGCGUCCACCAACCACUCAUGUAACUGAGGAAAGGGUUGUGAACAGGCCUCCCGAGAAGAGGCAGCGCGUACCUUCUGCUUAUAAUCAGUUUAUAAAGGAAGAGAUUCAGAGGAUCAAAGCCAAUAAUCCCGAUAUCAGUCACAGAGAAGCUUUCAGUACAGCUGCAAAGAACUGGGCACAUUUUCCCCACAUUCACUUCGGGCUGAUGUUGGACAACAACAACCAAGCUAAGAUGGAGAAUGUCUCCGAGAAGCACUUAAUGUCAAGGGCUGCACUGUUGAACAAAUGAAGACUAUCUUCAUUAAUUACAUGAUCUCAGGAGUUUGGUUUCGUUUGAGUAUGUCAAAAGUCAAAACAAUAUGUCUAGACCUAUAAUGAGUUUUAAGGACAAUCCGCUCUUUUUCUUCGUUAGUGUACUUGUCUCUACUUACUACUUUGUUCAGUGAAUGCUUUUACUUAAUUUCAUGUAAGAAUGCUAGUUUCCCUUGUUAUCUUUUAAGUUUUAAUAACAACAGUUUCUGUCUUUCUAAGUGAUUGAGAUCAAGAAUAUACCA